AUGACAGAUAUCCCAACCUUUCGCAAUCUCUCUUUAGAGAGACGCGGCAAUGUCUUCAUACUGACCAUGCAGAAGCCCCCGGAGAACCGACUGAACUCGUGGUAUUGCCAGGAGUUAAUCCGGGCAUAUCGCACUGUUGAAAAGCUCCUGGGUCCGAAUUCUGAGGGUGCAGUGAUUACUCGAGGAAAUGAUGCCAAGUUCUGGUGCACGGGUCUGGAGCUGGACGAGUCAGAUAGAAAUCCAUUCGCUAAUACAGAUGGAUUUUACCCUCUCCUCCACACUAUUCUCGACUUCCCGUUCCCAACAAUUGCGCUUAUUACAGGACACACUUUUGGUGGUGCCUGUCCAUUUGCAUUGGCACACGACUAUCGCAUCAUGAACUCACGACGGGGUUUCAUUUCCAUGCCCCCAGUGAAUCUGGGCCUGCACUUUGACGGAAUCGGCGCCUUGCCUCGUUUGAAGCUGCGUCCGCAGGUCGCCCGCAAAAUGCUCCUGGAAGCGCACAAGUGGACUGGCAAGGAAGCACUGGAAGAAGGUAUUGUGGACGCCGUUGCUGAGCCAGAGCAGAUGCUUGAUACUGCUUUGGAGCUCGCGGCGAAGUGGGCACCCAAGGCGAAGAUGGGGGUAUAUGCCUUACUUCGACAGGAGCUUUGGGGAGAAGCAAUCAAGAAAUUCCAGAGGAUUAGCUAUGUUCACAGCCGGAUGACGUCGGCUCCGGCCAAGGUCAAGAUUUAA